UCGGAUCCUUCCAGCCCGCUGGUCCUCCUUCGGCCGGAGGACAGAGCCGCCCCCGCCCAGCAGCGAAGGGACCGCGCCCACCGCCCGCCGUCCGCCCGACGCCGCUCGCCUCCGCUCGCCCCGCGUCCGCUCUCGGCCGCCGUCGUCGUCGUCGUCGUCGGGCUCCCGUAGCUUCGCCGCUUUGGGCCGCCGUCCGUCCGUCCGUCCCGCCGCUUCCGCCUCUCGCUCGGCGUCGAUCCCCAGAGCUGCGUCCAGCUGGAAUGAAUAGACCUGAGCCCCCUUUCUGUGCAGAGGAGAUUCCGCAAGCCCGAGGCGACUUUUCAUGGGGAGCCGUCGCGGCUGCCGCCCCGCCGCCCGCAGCCGCCGCCCCCGCCGCGCCUGAUCCGGGGCUCGCUUACCCGCCGCCGCCCCCGCGCACCAGCCGGCCCAUCGUCCCCAGCCGCUCCCCCAGCCCCGAGCCCGCCUUCGCCUUCUGCCCCGGCGCCGCAGCGGCGGCGGCGGCGGCGGCGGCCCAGCCCGGAGGCGCGCUCUUGGGCUCGGCGGCGCCCAGCCCGACUCCCAGCCCCGACGCCGCCGCGGCGGCAGCAGCAGCAGCAGCAGCGGUCUCGGCCGGCUAUGGCUACGGCGGCGGCGUCCCGGGCCGCGCCGAGGGGAAGAGCAGCGGCGGCAGCGGCGGCGAGGAUUCGCGCAUCCGCCGCCCCAUGAACGCCUUCAUGGUCUGGGCCAAGGACGAGAGGAAGCGGCUGGCCCAGCAGAACCCGGACCUGCACAACGCCGUGCUUAGCAAGAUGCUCGGCCAGGCGUGGAAAGCCUUGAGCGCCACUGACAAGCGCCCCUUCGUGGAGGAGGCCGAGAGGCUGAGGAUCCAGCAUCUGCAGGACCACCCCAAUUACAAGUACCGUCCCCGCCGGAAGAAGCAGGCCAAGAAAAUCAAGAGGAUGGAACCGAGCAUCCUUCUCCACAACUUGCCCCAGCCCUGCGGCGAGAAUUUUGCCAUGGGCCACCGCAGCACCGCCAGCGGCGGCCUCGGCCACUCCCAGCCUCCCCCACUGAACCACUUCCGAGAACUGCGCUCGAUGGGGUCAGAGAUGGAGAACUACGGCCUGCCGACCCCGGAAAUGUCCCCUCUGGACGUCCUCGAACAGGCGGAGCCCGCCUUUUUCCCGCCCCACAUGCAGGACGACUGCAACGUGAUGUCCUUUCGGGGUUACCACCACCCUGCUCCUCCUCCUCCUCCACCGCCGAUGGAGUUUUCCCCGGAGAAAAACCUGGGGAGGAACAUGGUCAUGGGGUACCCUCCCAACCCGCCCUCCCACCUGGCCGAAGCCAUGAGGACUCCCCAGCCGUCUGGGAUGUACUACAACCAGAUCUGUGCCGCGGGCGCCGCCAACGGGCUGUCGGCCCACCUGGGCCAGCUGUCCCCUCCUCCCGAGUCCCACCAGCUGGAGGGCGUGGAGCACUUGAACCCCCACGAGCUGUGGACAGAAGUGGACCGCAACGAGUUUGACCAGUAUUUGAAUAUGAGCAGGACUCGUCCGGAUCCGUCCGGUUUCGCCUAUCAUGUUUCCGUGUCCAAAGUGACUCCCCGGAGCUGUGAGGACAACAGCCUGAUCUCAGCCUUGUCCGAUGCAAGCAGCGCUGUUUAUUACAGCGCCUGUAUCACUGGGUAAAUGUUUCAUUUAGGGAGAGGUUUGGGGCAGCCCCCCCAAAAUGGGGCCGCUGUCAUCUCUUCUCUAGGAUGCUGGGAAAUUCGAGUUGGAUGGGCCUGCUCAGCAUGCUUCCCGUUCGGUUUCCCAGGAUUCCUUGGGCAAAGCUAUGACAGUGAAUCUACUGUGUUUUCCCAAAAAUAAGACUUAACCGGGAAAAUAAGCCCUAGCAAGAUUUUUCAGGACGCUCAUAAUAUGAGCACCACUCCAAAAAUAAGCCCCAGUUAAGAUCAUGAGCCAGAUCAGGGAUAGGCAACCUUGGCUCUUUUAUGACUCGUGGACUUCAACUCCCAGAAUUCCUGAGCCAGCAUGAGGGCACUAUGGUCC